GGACGGCCCGUUUUGCGCCGAUUUGAUGUUCAUGUUCGCACUAACGUUUUCGAAUUUCGCCGGGCUGUCUGUGUGUGUGUGGUGUGUGUGGAAUGUGAGUCAUUUAUUGCCUCUGGUUGGUGUACAUGUCUGUCUAUUCUUGCGACUAUUGUCACGUAGUGAGUGCUGCCUGAGGACAGUGAGUGCAUGGAGGAGGAUGGCUGGCUGCAGGGAUUGAUUGAGUGCUACGUGAUCGAGGGCAUGGGCUGUUGAUCUUUUCUAUAUGGUGCUCUGACUGAUGGAACCGCUGCGAAAGAAAUUUCCGAUUUAUAAGUCACGACACACAAUUCGCCUUCACACUAUUCCUGGCACGAGCGACAAACCUCUUUGGAAUGAGCGACCUCCGCAACAGCUUCGCUCAGGUAACAGGCAUCAUAGCCUCCUCGUUCAGUGUUGCUUGCUUGUUGCUGCUUCCCCAUUCAGAUGAGGCUGUCCGAGUGUGACGUGUGUGAGCUGGUUUUCGUUCAAUCAGGCUCGAAGAUCCCGAUGCAGCCGGCGACGACCGGCGGCUGCUCGUCGCCAGGCAAAGGUUGAUGAACUUCCAGUACUUUCAGACGGUCAGCACAGCAAGGCCGUCAAAUGAUGCCUUCAUCUCUCUGCGGUUUGUGCGACCGUCAACUUGACUGAUCAUUGGUUGGUCGACGUUGACACAGUUCGUUUCAUGAGAGACCGACAGACUCUGCCUGCCGUUGCGCUAUGAGUUAACGUAUGUCACAUUGUGGACGGUGUGUGUGUCUGUGUGUGUCUGUGUGAUUCAUUUAUUCAUUCAGAUGCUGUCGUUCGAGUUCAGUCGCCACCAGGAUGUGGAGCAGCAGCCCAAUCGCAUCGUCAUUGUGGAUGUGGAUCCGCGGCUGGCGGCCGUGGUUCUGCAGAGUGAGGCGGGGAUGAUCAGAUCGCUCACCAAGGACAACUUCAUCGACGCCCUCAAGACCUUGGAGUACUUCACCGGCGGCAUCACUGAAGACACGUUGCGGCUCAUCGUCACACAGGUCCGUCCGUGUGUGCGACUAACAGACAAGCGACCGUGUACGAUAUCCGAUUCCGUGUUGUUUGCACACGUGUGUGCAUGAUGCAGAUAUUCAAGCCGAAUACCUUCCUUGACGACAGUGAAUGGGUGGCCGCCCUGGUCGACUCGUACGACCAGCCGCCCAUCAGCCGCCUGCUGUGUCAAUUGGCCGACACCCAGCUAGGGAUGGUGCGGUCGGGGGGGCUGGCCGAGAGAGUGCUGGACAGCCCGGAGCAGCUGCAGCCCGUCUACAACAGGGUGCCGGAGGACGAGGGCAGACAGGCCGCCACCGCCCUGGUCAGCCACCUGACGCAACACAUCUCGCUGGUGGAACCCUCCGCUGAACGGGUGGAGACAUUCCUCACCAUCGCCACCAAGUCACCCACACUCCAAGAUGCAUUGUGUACGUGACUGAGCAGAUCUUUCCCACUUGUGCACUCGUAUGUGUGCCGUGCAUGGAAAUGCAGACAAGGUGUUUGCUGACCGCCACCACGCUCUGCACACCACCACGACGAUUACGCCCUUCGACAGCGACGAACGAGCCGCCUGUGUGCCCUUCCGUGACGUCACGGCCAUCCCGACCUUUCUGCGGGCUCGGCACGUCGCGUCGGGUGUGAAAGGGUGGCGGGACCGACCUGAGGGCACGGUGUGUCGGUGCACGGACAAGAAUCGGUGUCGUUGUCGCCGCACCUUGCAAAAACUGGGCGGAGCCGGCUACCCAGACAGGAAGGUGGUGGACGUCGCCAGCUGGCAAGUCCUCGCGUCUCCGGGGUUGACAUCAUCAUCCCCCGGAGGCGCACCAUGCUUCUCAAUCAGCGGCGCCUUCACCGUCGAGCCUCCGAAGGGGAACCAGGCGCCCGUCACGCUCCACACAGCCGCUCGUUUCGCCUCGUCAGUCGGUCUGCAUCUGUCUGGCGUGGAGAACGUCGUCGCGGUCGAGGUGGACAAUCUGGCGGUCGGCAAGCUGGUGGAGAGCGGGGCGGCGGACGCAGUGCUCAAAGACGUGCGGCUCACGCUGACCGUGGCGCGACACCCGUAUGCCACGCUUGCACUGCAGUACCUGGGCAGAUGCAUCAAGGAUGAGAGGUGGGCGGCCGUUAACAAAAUGGCAAGGUAGGUGUACCAUCCAUGACCCUCACGGCCACUGAAAAGUCAGCCAUGCGUUUGCUCUCUCUCUCUCUCUCUCAGGUCGGUGGGUGGUGAGGUGCAAGUGGCGAUCCUCGGGCACAUGUGUCACAUGGCUGUGGGCACCGUCGAGCGCCCGCUCGCCCUGCUGCUGCACUGGUGCGAGGGCAUGAACGACAUGACGCCGGGGAUGUGUCACAAGGUCGCGUCGUCACAUUGCCUCACGAAGCAUCCCUCGUCGACGGAGGAGGACGUCCGUGCAUUCGUCAAGCAUGUCAUUCCCCUGAUGGUCCAAGAUCAGGCGCAGCAGGAGAAGGCGUAUCGUGCCGUUGCGGCCAAUCUGCUGCUGCCAACGGCGGCGAUUCUCCGCCUGGUGACGGAGGCCAAGGUGAGCCGGUGGGUGGGCCGGUGAGGGAGGAAGGGGGGGAGAACGGGAAGUGGUGAACACGUGUGUGUGUGUGUGUGUGUGUUCAGGCCGACAGAGAUCUCCUGCGAUACAGCCGUCGGUCGGUGCAGCACACAGAGAGAAAGACACACGGCCGAGCAACGAGGUGUGGUUGUCCUCCCAUAUGUGUGUUGUUGCCCUCAGUGAGUCGGCGGCCAAGGACGUAGAGAUAGCACGGCUGAGGGCAGAGAUUGCGAGGCUGAAAGCGGAGCUCGGACGGGCAUCUCGCGAUGGGUGAGCGAUACACCAAUACAUCGAGUGCACGUCACCUCUGCUGGUCUUGUUCGUUCUGUUUGCAGGGUCGUCACCGAAUCGUCCUCUUCAAACGCCCUAACAUCCAACAGGGCGGGCGUCGAUGAUCGCCCAGCUCACGUCGACAGGUGAGGCAACACACGACACCACACCGGCUCUUGCCCGUGAGCCAGUCCAUCCACAUGAUCGUCAUGUGUUGUCCGUUGUCUUGUCUGUCUGUCUGCAGCGGGUCCACUGCCUCGGCGGCGCCGUCUGCCUCAGCCGAGGGGCAGGAUGGUACGAAAGAAGAGAGACCGGCGGAUCUCCUGUAUGUGGCGCAUGUCUCAUUUUUGUGCCUGUCGAUCUGUCUGUGGCCCUUCUUCAGGCGGUGUUGCUUCUCCUGAGGUCUUCAUAUUCGGCCGACGCUACUGAUUGGGUGAUGACGGGUGGACGGAUGGAUGAAUGGCUGAUCAAUUGACUGACGUCUAUCGCAAUCGACAGGUCAUAUCUUGUGUACAUAUAAAGAGGAUAUAUGGUGGAUGGAUGGAUGGAUGGAUUCACGGACUCGUGUAUGCUGG